UACAGUUCAAAAUCCUACUGGAAAACUCUGGACUCUGUAAGUCUGGACUCUGUAACAUCUGAUUCUGAUCUCUCCUUUGUAAAUAAAUAAACAAAUAAAAGGAAUAUAAAUAAAAAGCCAAAUCGCUCCCAUCUAUUCUUCUCGUUCUUCUUCUUCUCCUUCUUCCUCUUCUUCUUUCUUCGUAAAAGCUUCCACGGAGAGAAGAAAAGUUGGCUCAACGAUCACGGGUUUUUUCUUUUCUCCCUCUACCAUAUCUUAAGAAAGGCAUCAAUGCCUGCUCAGAAGAGGUCUCUGUCUGAUAAUCCCGACAUCGAUGAGGAAGAUGCUCCCUCAUCUCCUGUUCAAAACGGUCACCAAUAUCCCAAGCAAUCUCGACUCGACCCACCUCCUCUUGAUGACACCCAACUCCACCAGCAACAAGAACUAGACGAAGAAGAAGAGGAAGAAGACGACGAGGCACCCCACAAGCCAGAAGAAGACGCUGAAGGACAGGAAGAUGAGGAACAAGAAGAGCAAGCUGAAGAGAAACAACCAGCACAAGAUUCUGAGGAAAGCCAAUCUUCCAGCUCCGAAGAUGAAAAACCUGAAUUUGUCUUUGUGGAGUUGCCAGAAGUUCGUAAAGAUGUACAAUGCCCAAUAUGUCUUGGUAUCAUAAAGAAAACACGAACUGUGAUGGAAUGUCUGCACCGCUUUUGCAGAGAAUGCAUUGACAAAUCAAUGCGACUUGGGAAUAAUGAGUGCCCAGCUUGCCGCACACACUGUGCAAGUCGGCGUUAUUUGAGAGAUGAUCCAAAUUAUGAUGCUUUAAUUGCUGCUUUAUAUCCAGACAUUGACAAGUAUGAGGAGGAGGAAUUGGCUUUUCAUGAGGAGGAAAGGAUACGAAACAAGCAGAUCCAAGCUUCAAUUGCUCAAAUAUUUCAACGACAAUCUGAAGCACUAGUUAGGAGACGCACAAUGGGUAAAGAAACAACUGGUCCAUUCAUGGAAAGGUCACAGCGCAAUCAUCGGACAGUCCCCUCAAGGAGGCGGCGGAACAGCCGAGGCACUGAAUUCCAAGGAUCCGAAGACAUCGAUUAUGAAAAUGAUGAUAAUGGAGGUAAGGAUUCAUCUUCUACCGAUGAACGCUCCACAGAAGUAAGGCAGCGCAGGCGCAAGAGACGGCCAGGAAUUAGGCCUUCUCAACCUUCUUCAUCAGCUUCAAAUCCAGAGGGCGGAUGCAUUGAAAAUGAUUUAGAAGCCACCAGAGAGAAUAGAGGAAUAUCUCCUGGCCUUGUUUGGAAUACAGAAAUGCUUGCCUGGGGCAGGGGUGGUACUCGAAGUCAUACACGGCAUGGUAAUGCUAGCGGUUGCAACAACAAGACUGCCAGAAGCACUCGCAUAUCCAAGCUGGUAGAAUAUCUCAGGAGCUUAGAGGAAAAAAAUGAUGAGUUGGAUGUUCACCUAAUGCUUACUUCUAUGGACAAGGAAAGUUUCACGAAUUUGAAACAGCCCUACCUUUGCUGUCAACCCAGUUUGUCAGUCAAACACCUAUGUGAAGUGAGAUUUCUUUCACGCCACCUUAAUUCUUGGAAUGUGUAAUUUUAAACAAAUAAAAAGUUUGAAAUUUUGAAUUGUCAUUUCCAUAACUUUUUUGUUUGUGACAAUGCUGGAAUUAUAAUUCUUGAACUGGAGACGGUGAAUUAAUUGAGCAAUUGCUUUCUGCAAAAGGUAGAUAAGGCCAAUUUUGUUUAUUCUUUGAUACGCAUUGGUGGAUCACGAUGACAUUAAUAGUUUAGGACAGAAAAAA